AUGUCGAACACCGAAGAGGGAAAGGCGGGCGAACACCUUCGUCCACCAACAGCAAAACUUGACGACAAAGUCCUGUACGAGGAAACAACAUUCAGUGAUCCGCUUCCAAGGGGUGCUGCUACCUUUUCUUCAGCAACAUCGGACUCUGAUGAGGAUGGAGAUGCAUUUCACAAAAACCCGUUCCUGGACCCAGAUGUCGCAGAGCACUGGUCAAACGUCUACGAAAAAUCGACAUAUGAGUGUCGUGCUGAAUUUGACCGCUCGUUUACUUGGACAGAGGAGGAAGAAAAGAAGUUGGUUAGGCGAUUGGACUGGCGCGUGUGUCUCUGGGCUUGCAUCAUGUUCUUCGGUCUCCAGGUGGAUCGUGGCAAUUUAGUACAGGCGGUCUCUGACAAUUUUCUAAGUGACUUGCACUUGAAUACCAACGACUAUAACUUCGGAAACGUCAUCUUCCUGUUCUCUUUCCUCCUCGCCGAACUCCCCUCACAGUUGGUAUCCAAAAAGAUCGGACCUGACCGGUGGAUCCCGAUGCAGAUAACUUUAUGGUCGAUUGUUGCCAUGUCCCAGUGUGCAAUCCAAGGCAAAAAGGGCUUUUACGCAACCCGAUCGAUUCUGGGAUUGCUAGAGGGUGGCUUCAUCCCUGAUAUUGUACUCUGGCUCUCCUACUUUUACACUUCACCAGAGCUCCCGAUCAGACUCAGCUACUUCUGGACCACUCUGUCUGCCACCACUAUCGUCACCUCCAUUCUUGCCUUUGCUCUCCUUCACAUGAGAGGCGUCGCGGGCUGGGCAGGCUGGCGCUGGCUCUUCCUGAUCGAAGGUUUCAUUACCUUCCUCGUCGGCGUCGCCUCCUUCUUUAUGAUGCCCGCCUCCGCCGUUCAAACCAAGGCCUGGUAUCGACCUAACGGCUGGUUCACGGAACGCGAGGUCAAAAUUGUCGUGAAUCGUGUCCUCCGCGACGACCCCUCAAAAGGAGACAUGCACAAUCGCCAAGCUGUCACCCCUCGGCGUCUUUGGAACGCAGCUAAAGACUAUGAUCUCUGGCCACUUUAUGCCAUUGGACUUGUUGCUUAUAUCCCCCAGUCCCCAGUCAACACUUAUAUCACUUUGACUCUCAAGUCGGUGGGAUUCAGCACCUUUAAUACUAAUCUCUUGACGAUUCCAUCUUCGGCAGCUCAUAUCAUCACACUCCUUCUGAUCACACGGCUCAGCGAGUGGACUAAUGAACGCACGCUUGUGUCCAUGCUUCAGCCUAUCUGGACAUUGCCCUGCUUGAUCGCUCUUCGUUUCUGGCCUGGUUCGCUCCACCAGGCUUGGGGCACUUAUGCUCUCGUCUCAGUCCUCCUCUCAUACCCGUACUGUCAUGCUAUUCUCGUUGCCUGGACGUCUAAAAACUCCAACAACGUCGGCGCACGCUCUGUCUCCGCAGCUUUAUACAACAUGUCCGUCCAACUCGGCAACAUCUGCGCCAACUUCAUCUACCGCACCGACGACAAGCCUCUCUACCAUCGCGGCAACCGCAACCUGAUCAUCAUCAACUUAUUGAGUAUUAAUCUGUUUUUGUUUACGAAGGCUUAUUACAUUUGGAGGAACAAGCAGAAGGCGAGGAUUUGGAAUGCGUUGACGCCGGAGCAGCAGAGGGAGUAUAAGGUUAAUACUAAACUUGAGGGGAGCAGGAGGCUGGACUUUAGGUUUGCACAUUAG